AUGAAUAUUAGUGGCACUUUGAAUACGCUUCGCUUACUUUAUAAUCCAUCCUUGUGUAAGCCUAGUCUAGUUGUCCCCACUUUCAAUGACCUCCCUAUACCAAUUCAUGAUUCUAUAAAGGCCGUGGUUGUGGAUAAAGACAACUGUAUCGCCUUUCCCCAUGAUAAUAAUAUAUGGCCAGACUACUCUCAACAUUGGGAAUCUCUAAAAUCGAAGUACCCUAAUAAAGCGCUUUUGAUCGUUAGCAAUACUGCGGGUUCCGCUUCUGAUGAGAGUUAUUUGCAGGCCAAAUUUUUGGAAGACAAGACAGGUAUACCGGUGUUGAGGCACUCUACAAAGAAGCCAGGUUGCUACAGCGAAAUUUUAGAUUAUUUUUAUAGGAACAAAACUAUAACAAACCCUAAGGAAGUGGCGGUUGUUGGGGAUAGGCUUUUCACUGACAUCUUGAUGGCAAAUAUGAUGGGUUCAUAUGGGGUAUGGAUUCGAGAUGGUGUUAAACUAUCAUCAAAUCCUCUCUCUAAAUUUGAAAAAAAGCUGUAUAACAUUUUGGGAUUCUGA